GGCUGGCUGACUCAGCCGCUCCGUCACGCCGUCACGUCAGUCUGGAGUCGCACAAUUAUGAAAAAGCAACCUUCCGUUGGAGCUGCAGCCGAAGCGGAUCUCUCCAACGUCCACCGGGCUUUCUCUCCGAAGCUAAUAAAACAGAGCACCGCCGAUAGAUGGCUAGAGGCCACGACCCAGCCUCCCCUGAGUCUCAACGGUGACGAGAAUGUCCCAGAAACCCUGGAUAGAAAGCACUUUCACCAAGAGGGAAUGUGUGUACAUACUUCCAGUGUCAAAGGACCCCCACAGAUGCCUUCCAGGAUGCCAGAUCUGCCGACAGCUCGUCCGGUGCUGCUGCGGGCGUCUGGUGCGGCAGCAUGUCGGCUUCACAGCCAGCCUGGCCAACAAGUACUCGGACGUGAGGACGGCUGAGAGCGCCGGCGGGCCAGCGCCGGAGCUGGAGGAGUGGUCGGUGGAAAAACACACAGAGGCCAGCCCCACUGACGCCUAUGGUGUUGUUAACUUCCAGGGAGGCUCGCACUCCUAUCGAGCCAAGUAUGUGCGUUUGUCCUACGACUCUCGUCCGGAAAGCAUCCUAAAGCUAAUGCUGAAGGAAUGGCACAUGGAGCUUCCCAAGAUCCUCAUCUCUGUCCACGGGGGCGUGCAGAACUUUGAUCUGCACCCUCGCAUCAAGCAAGUGGUGGGCAAGGGUCUCAUCAAGGCAGCUGUCACCACGGGUGCCUGGAUCCUCACCGGAGGGGUCAACACAGGUGUAGCAAAACAUGUCGGCGACGCUCUCAAAGAGCACUGCUCCAGAUCAUCAAAGAAGAUUUGCACUAUCGGUAUUGCAUCCUGGGGAGUGAUCGAAAACAGGAGUGACCUCAUCGGGAGAGACAUCAUCGCUCCAUACCAGACGCUACUCAACCCUCUCAGCAAACUCAAUGUUCUCAACAACCUCCACUCGCAUUUCCUCCUCGUCGACGACGGCACUGUGGGCAAGUACGGUGCCGAGGUCAAACUGCGGCGGGACCUGGAGAAGCACAUCAACCUCCAAAGAAUACAUGCACGCAUUGGUCAGGGCGUUCCUGUUGUGGCGCUCAUCUUCGAGGGUGGUCCCAAUGUGAUCUUGACCGUGCUGGACUACCUUCAAGAGAGCCCUCCCGUCCCGGUGGUGGUGUGUGAGGGGACCGGCCGAGCCGCUGACAUACUGGCCUACGUCCACAAGCAAACUGAGGAAGGCGGCCGCCUACCAGACGGCGUGGAGGUGGACAUCAUCGCCACCAUUAAGAAAACCUUCAACUUCAGCCAAGGCGACGCCAUUCAUCUUUUUCAGACUCUGAUGGAGUGCAUGAAGAAAAAGGAAUUGAUCACUGUGUUUCACAUCAGCUCCGAGGAGAGUCAGGACAUCGACGUCGCCAUUCUCAAGGCCUUACUCCAAGGCACAAAUGCUUCUGCCUUCGAUCAGCUGGUCCUGACCCUGGCCUGGGACCGCGUUGACAUCGCCAAGAAUCACGUGUUUGUGUAUGGACAGCAGCUUUUGGUGAGUUCCUUGGAGCAAGCCAUGCUGGAUGCACUCAUAAUGGAUCGAGUGGAUUUUGUCAAGCUGCUUAUUGAAAAUGGUGUCAGCAUGCACCGCUUCCUGACAAUCAAUCGUCUCGAGGAGCUUUACAACACCAAACAACCUCCCAACAAUCCAACUCUCCUCCACCUGGUUAGAGAUGUCAAGCAGAGCCACUUACCUCCAAACUACAAGAUUACCCUGAUUGAUGUGGGCCUGGUUAUCGAGUACCUGAUGGGCGGGACUUACAGGUGCAACUACACAAGGAAACGCUUUCGAAUCAUUUACAACAAUCUCCAUGGCAGCAAUAGGAGGUCUGGGCGUCACCCGAUAGGCCCGGGCUCUCAUUUGAGGAAAAGUCAUGAGUCAUUCAGCAUGAAUGCUGAUAAGAAGGAGAAGACCAGGCACAACCAUUUCAUCAAGACUGCACAGCCUUAUAAGCCCAAGUUGGAGUCCGCCAAAGAGCAAAAUAAGAAGCGCAACAGGGAGGAGAUUGUGGACAUCGACGACCCGGAGACCCGGCGCUUUCCCUACCCGUUCAACGAGCUGCUGGUGUGGGCCGUGCUCAUGAAGCGGCAGAAAAUGUCGCUGUUCUUUUGGCAGCACGGCGAGGAGAACAUGGCCAAGGCCUUGGUGGCCUGCAAGCUCUGCCGCUCGAUGGGCUACGAGGCCAAGAAGAGCGAUGUGGUGGACGACACGUCGGAGGAGCUGAAGGAGUACUCAAAUGAAUUUGGCACGUUGGCGGUGGACCUGCUGGAGCAGUCCUUCAGGCAGGACGAGACCAUGGCUAUGAAGCUGCUCACCUACGAGCUGAAGAACUGGAGCAACUCCACCUGCCUGAAGCUGGCCGUCUCCUCGCACCUGCGACCCUUCGUGGCGCACACUUGCACCCAGCUGCUGUUGUCCGACAUGUGGAUGGGGCGGCUAAACAUGCGCAAGAACUCCUGGUACAAGGUUAUCCUGAGCAUUUUAGUGCCUCCUGCCAUCCUGCUGCUGGAGUACAAGUCUAAAGCAGAGAUGGCGCACAUCCCACAAAGCCAAGACGACCACCAGAUGACCAUGGAGGACAGCGAAAACAACUUCCAAAACAUGUCCGAUGACAUACAAAUGGAUGUAUUCAAGGAGGCCAGGUCCAUCGACCCAACGGACACAAAGACUGACAUGGAGACGCACGCUCGCUCCCGAAAGCUGCCAUUAACCAGGAAAAUCUACGCUUUCUACCACGCUCCCAUCGUCAAGUUCUGGUCCAACACGCUCUUUUAUUUGGGGUUCUUGAUGCUCUACUCGUACGUUGUCCUGGUAAAAAUGCCCGAAUUGCCGUCUCCUCAAGAAUGGGUCGUCAUCCUGUACAUCUUCACCUCAGCCAUCGAGAAGAUUCGAGAGAUGUUCAUGUCAGAAGCAGGCAAAAUAAGUCAAAAGAUCAAAGUGUGGUUUGAUGACUACUUCAACGUCUCCGACUUCUUGGCCAUUGUGUCCUUUUUCAUUGGCUUUGGUUUGAGGCUGGGCGGAGGGAAAACCUUCGUCCCCGGCAGGACAGUUUAUUGUCUCAAUAUCAUCUUCUGGUACGUGCGACUCCUCGAUAUCAUGGCCGUCAACCAGCAAGCUGGGCCCUACGUCAUGAUGAUCGCCAAAAUGGUGGCCAACAUGUUUUACAUUGUGGUGAUAAUGGCCAUCGUCCUACUCAGCUACGGCGUUCCCCGCAAGGCUAUCUUGUACCCGCACGAAGAGCCAAGCUGGACGCUGGCCAAAGAUGUGGUGUUCCAACCAUACUGGAUGAUGUAUGGAGAAGUGUAUGCCUAUGAAAUCGAUGUUUGUGCUAACAACAGUGAUUCGUCAGUGAAGAGCCUGUGCACAGCGGGAGUGUGGCUGACUCCUCUCCUCCAAGCAGUCUACCUCUUUGUGCAGUACAUACUCAUGGUCAACCUCCUCAUCGCCUUCUUCAAUAACGUGUAUCUACAAGUGAAGUCCAUCUCCAAUCUGGUGUGGAAAUACCAGCGCUACCACUUUGUCAUGGCCUACCAUGAGAAACCGGUCCUCCCUCCACCUUUCAUCCUCCUGUGCCAUAUCUACUCACUCUUAUGCAUGUGCAGGAAGAGAAAGGAGCAAAACACCUACGGGCCAAAGCUGUUUCUCACAGAGGAAGAUCAAAAGAAGCUUCAUGACUUUGAAGAACAAUGUGUGGAGACGUACUUCCACGAAAAGGAGGACCAGUUCCACACAGGAAGUGAGGAGCGCAUACGGCUCACCUCUGAAAGAGUUGACACCAUGUGCAUGCAACUGAAGGAAGUGGGCAACAAGGUCAACUUCAUCAAGCGCUCCUUGCACACGCUGGACUCCCAGAUCGGUCACCUGCAGGACCUGUCCGUCCUCACCGUGGACACCCUGAAGACGUUGACGGCUCAGAGGGCGUCAGAGGCCAGCAAGGUCCACAAUCAGAUCACCCGGGAGCUCAGCCUCUCCAAGAACAUGGUUCCCAGUAUUGUCCCCGUUGCGACAGACACUGGCCCCCACUCCAAAUCCUCCGUGAUGGGGAAGCGGAACUACCUAGGCUCGGCGAACAUUGCAGACUCUCUUUUUGGGAUUGGCGCCGGGGGCUACGGGACCGAUAGUAGUCGUAGAGUCGGGCCAGGCCCCUUAGCAGGACCAGGGCCAGAUCCAAGUCCGGAGAGAAGGGGCUUGCUGGCGCUCAGACACUAUGCCGCCGAGGCUGGUUCCUCCGGCACCAGUGCCUUUGUCCCAAGUGCUGCGGCCAUUUCCCCUCCGGAGCCACAUUUCCGGGGCCACUCCCUCACCCGCAGGAGGCUGACCCGUCCACACGAGCCGGAGUAUUCCGACUCGCCAUCCAGCCUGCCCAACGUGCCCUCGCGUGUGGCGCACUUCCACAUCAGCAGCACCCCCUCCCAGCCGAGCGGCUCCAGCCACCCGGAGCUUGCUCUGGCCGGGCCUUACCACCAGACGCCUGACAGCGCCACUGUCGAGUUUGGGGCGUUCAUCGCUACGGCUUCGGGCGUUGCUCGGCCUGCCUGCUCUCCUGCUUGCUACGCACAGUCUGGCAACGCACAAGUGUUAGAAGGACGGGGGGGCUGGGCAUCGGGGUAUGUCAAUGAGGCUUUCUGCGACGACGAGGGCCCGACAGCUUCUCCGAGUAGAUGCCAAACACACACUCAGAGCAAAGAAGAUAGCGUCACCGCUGCCGUGACAGGCCGACGGCCCCACGGACGAAGGAGCAGAGAUGUUUCUCCGCCGCCGGGCUCCUGCUCUGAGGGUCAAAAUUGUGACGAGGCGAUACAUGCGGAAGUGGAAACAAGAGGGCAUAAAGACUGUUUUGAUCCCCAGGGCUCGACACCCAAAGAUACCCCCAGCCCACAGCACAGCAAACAGCUGGUUCAGCCGGAAGGACAAGGUCACAUAAGAGCAGUUAACUCCUAUGCAGGUUUCACAGAAUUUGACAGGAGUCCUGCUUUUCUCCAUCCCGAUUCAACUUUGAGGAAGAGGGAUCGUAGCAGAGUCUCAGCUGAAGACAUCCUCUUCCAUGAGGAUCCCCAGGGUUCAGUGCCGGAAAGAGUCCAAUUCAAAUCCGCCCAAGCAGGCAGCCUCCAACCCCCUGAGGAGGACACAUUAGCAGCUCCAGUCUCUCUCCGCACACCUCGCCACACCCACCUUGGACCCAGAAAGGAUUCAAUCGGGUCACCUUUCAAGCCUAUGGAAAACUACCAGUACUCAGCUGUUGAACGUAACAACCUGAUGCGGCUGUCGCAGAGCAUCCCCUUCACGCCGGUGCCCCCUAGAGGAGAGCCGGUGACAGUGUACCGCCUGGAAGAAAGCUCGCCCAACACCAUCAACAACAGCAUGUCUUCCUGGGCCCAGCGAGGCCUCUGCGCCAAGAUCGAGUUUCUCAGCAAAGAGGAGAUGGGCGGCGGCCUUCGACGGGCCCUCAAAGUCCUCUGCACCUGGUCCGAAUAUGACAUCCUCAAGCCCGGCCACCUGUACAUAGUCAAGUCCUUCCUGCCUGAAGUGGUCGAGACCUGGCAGAGUAUCUACAAGGAGGACACUGUUUUGCACCUUUGUCUCAGGGAAAUCCAACAGCAGCGAGCAGCGCAGAAGCUGACUGUGGCCUUCAACCAGAUCCGACCCAAGCCGAUUCCUUACUCGCCAAGGUUCCUGGAGGUGUUCCUGCUCUACUGUCACUCUGCGGGCCAGUGGUUUGCCAUCGAGGAGUGCAUCACGGGCGAGUUCCGCAAGUUCAACAACAACAACGGCGACGAGAUUGCUCCCACCAACCUCCUGGAGGAGACCAUGUUGGCCUUCAGCCACUGGACCUACGAGUACACGCGCGGCGAGCUGCUGGUGCUCGACCUGCAGGGGGUCGGAGAAAUUCUGACUGAUCCGUCGGUAAUAAAGAGCGGCGAGAAGGGGUCUUACAACAUGAUCUUUGGACCCGCCAACCUGGGUGACGACGCCAUUAGGAACUUCCGGGCAAAACAUCGUUGUAACUCCUGCUGCAGGAAGCUAAAACUUCCCGAUCUGAAGAGGAACGAGUACACACCUGAGCAGGUCUACCCGAGGGGCGGAGCCAAGGAACCGCACCAAUCAAUGAGGCUAAAGACGCUGUGAUCAAUCAAUCAACUGGAAAUUUCUCACUUGUGUUUCCAUGGAAACGGCCACAUGCUGUGUUAAAAGAUUCAAUCAUGUUUGCAUGCGCAUACAUGAGUAGGUACGUGAAUAAUUAUUUAUUAUUGUUUGAUGUUGCAGUCUUUUACCAUAUAUAUAUGUAUAUUACAAAACACAUGAAAUCAAAAGUGCAUUGUAUACCUGUUACAGCAGCAUUGUUAUUAUUCUAAAUGUUGAAACAUCUUGUAUCACUGCUUUUUAUCUCCAAGUUUAUGAAACCAUGUUUUGAAAAAAUAACUUUAAAAAAAAAAAGGGCAGAUUGCAAUGCAAGUUUUCCAGGCGUCGAUCGUGUUAUUUUAUUGCAAAAAAAAAAAAAAAAAAAGGUGUCCGCCCUCACUAGAUUUUGUUGUUCCGAAGGUACGAUUGCAUUCUUUUUUUCAUCACCUAUCAAUGCGUGCAGAUGGAUUAAAUCUAGUGUAUCUUAUAGAUACUGUUAUCUGCAUGAGCACGAGCUUUGUCAUCUUUUAUCCAGGGCACACUUUACUGUACAUGUUUUGUACUGAACUUCAUUUAUAACUAAUAAAAUCACAAACAAAUUUACUGUGUCACGUGGUUUCAAAAAAAAAAAAAAACAUGGUAUACCAGUUUAUAUUUAAAUUUUCCUGAAAAGUGUGCAAGUCUUGGCCAGUGGUACCAUCAUUUUUGUUCAGACCUGUUCUAGAAGCUUCAUGGUUUCUUUUUUUUUUUUUUAAAUAAUUCUCUUGAACCAUAACUCAAAAGCAAGAUCUCAUUUUUACUAGUUAUCAUUCUAAUCUUAUUAUAGCUUUUGUUGAUUCGAAGUACGAUUAGGUGUUAUCAAUGUGGUUUCCCCCCCCCCCCCCCCCCCCAUUAACAGAGAACUAUGAACAAUUUUGUCCUUGUGUAUAGGCUACUAGGACAUUUUGGUCUGUUGAUGAAUUUAGCAGCUUCGUUGCUCGUACCAGCGACUACGCCCAAGUUGUUUACUUGAGCUGACAUGUAAUGUAAUGUUGGGGUAUUUAUAAAAUGUUGAAUGCAGCCUGCCCAAACAAGGCACAUAAUGAACUCCACCCAAAAAAGUUCACUCAUUGUUUUUCUUGUAAUGGAGAGCUGAACAAAGAUGGGUUUUUUUUCCCUCCCCAAACUAUGCAUAAGUAAUCUUUUGACAAGGCGUUCCUUUAUGUGACCAGUGUCUUUUACCGGUGAAAGUGAAAGAGUUUCCAACUUUCUUUCACUUUCCAAAUGAGGUGCAAGGAUUCAGACCACCUCAUUCCUGUCACAAAUGCAGAUAAUUUUUAUUACCCUCUUUGGACUUGUUUUAUAUGCCCUGCUUGUGUCUCAUUGCGCAAUAUGCAAAGUUUCACGGGAAAGUUAAAAGACAUUUUUCAAAUAUUUCUUUGUGCAGCAUUGAUAUACUAAUGCAUAGAUAUUGAUCAUACAUAUACUGUACAUAGAAUUAUGUUGAUUACUUUUUUGUUUUUAUUUGGAUUUUAUUUUUGAUUAAAAAUGCAGGUGCUCACUGGGGUCAAUAUCAUUUAAAAAUAUAUUUUCCUAUAUUUAUUAUUAAUCAUUGGUUUUGGGGCAAGAGAAUCCAAACUGUUGUUUUUUUACUGCUUUUUGUUCACUGUUAUUGUUUUUUAAUGUAUGUUUUGUUGAAAAUGCAGCUGCAUAUCAAUCAAAUAUUGCCUUGUGAUUUUUUUAUUUGUAAUCAUAAUUUUUUUUUUUUACAUUUUUAAUUGACAAAUGCAGAUUCUGACUUGGUAGUAAGCCAAUCAUUUAAUGUAUUUAAUUUUUAUCUAUUUGUUUAUUUAUAUUUACUUGGCUGGGUUUUUCAAAUGUUACUGUGGUGCCUUAAGAGCUGAGUGAGUCGAUUCAAGUUUUUAGAAAUACAAGCUGUCAUUUGGAUUUUGAAUUGUAAGGGUGCUCAUAGAAGGAAGUAAACUUGUAUCUCGUCUCGACGCACCACUCUAUUGUUUAUUUCUGAGUUAAAAUAAGAGCUCAUUUAAGUGUUUGGUUGCACCUUUUAAAAUGGAGUUAUGUCAAUUAAAUACUUUACAUCUAAUUACACUUACAUUCGUUUUUAAUUGCAUUUUUUUUUUUUAAUUCACCAAAAGAUUUCUGUUUCUGCAUUGUUUUUUUCGUUUGUUUUUUUCUGUAUUAACAAAUGCAGACGUCCAAAAAGACGAAGCAAAUAAGCUCACUUUGUGCUUUUUUGUUUCAAGUCUGAGUUGAUGAAAAUAGGAAAUUGCAAAGUGGCUGAUGUCAUACGAUACCCAAACUUGGCUGACCGGUUGCGCAACAGUUACCUCCCACUGGGUGUGUUUCAUUUUCCGAUAAUAAAAGCAACUAAGACGGAAGUGACUUUGUGUUUUGCUCCGUUCUCAACAAGAAUCUGCCUGACUCGUACUGCUCGUCUAUCAGCCCAACAGACACACACACCCGCACAAAAAAAUCAAAAUGCAUCACGUUGAGGUCGAGUACUGCGGCAGGUGAGGCUACGCCCCGCGGUACAAGAAACUGAGAAAAGUGCUUGAGUCGCACUUUCCGGGCACGCUCCAAAUAACCGGAGGCGUUGGCAGGCAAUCGAGUUUUGAGGUAAAGAUGGACGGAAAAUUGAUCUUUUCCAAGUUGCAGACUGGGCGCUUCCCAACUGAGGAGGAGAUCAUUUCCUUGAUAAAGGGCCAUAUGUAAUAAAGAUGACGAAAAGCACCAGAGCAUGAUGGGAAAGCCUCCGAGGGGCCGGACAUCGACUGUCCUUCUAUUGAUGACUGUGCGCGCCGAAACGACAAAAAAGCGUGACACACGAUGCCUCAGAAGGCUGUCUGCUGAUCUGGAAUCUGUGGAGCUACUCCCAUCAUUCACGCUGGUUUACGCUAAAUAUAAUCAGCAAUAGGGGACGGCGUGUAAGAGAUUUGCUCUAAUUUGAUGCAACAGCAAACUAAAAGUGCAUUUUUGCUUGGGGAUCACAAUUCAAAUCGGUGCUGGUUCACUAAUGGACAAAUCCUAUUUCUAGAAUAUCUUUUCCCCUUUUUGCCCUGUGGGAACGAACGUGCCAGAGUUAGUUGCUGGAUGGUCCUAAAUUUAUGUGAUAGGUGCACUUUAAAUGGUAGAUGAAAACAUUAGUAACAACUAGUAAUAUUUUUUAGUAGAUAUUUCAAAUUUAAGGGGAUUAUCUAAUAAACAAUUGUAAGAGUGUGUAAAUUUUCAAUUGAAGACUGGGGCGCUACAUUUGCUAGGGCUGGCCUUCAACCGCAUAAUGUUUGUACUCGUCUGUCUAUUCAAUUAAAUAAACUGCCGGUGAAAUUUUA